GUGUUAGUGGUAUGAGUUUUGCAGAAGCAGGUUUAUAAGCCGUGGUGAGUCCGUUUAGCAGGUAUACACUAUUGGGAAACACGUCACCGCAUCGCUGGAUUCCCAUGAUACACCGCUUCGGCAGGGACUGAAGACAAAGAGGAAGUGUUUCAAACUUUCAGCGCGCUGCCUGCUGAACGCAAAAUAUUUCUGUUCCCAAUCUGGACCUGCGAGACACAAACUAUCCCUUUACCGAGCUACUCGGCAGAACCCCCAUGUCUGAUGCCAUGGAUUGUGUGAAGAUGGAAUCUGUCCCCAUUAAAGAGGAGCUCCCUAAACUUGAACUGGUCCCCAUUAGACUGGUUUUCUCUGGAUUGCCUUCCCUCCCCAUGAAACAGGAGAUGCCAUGUGACAGCAUCAAGUCAGAGGUGUCUGGUAUUAAAGCUGAGAGCAAUGAACUGGAGAUCCCCCAGACAGCAGGACCAGUUCCCAUUAAAGAAGAGGUGCUGGAAAUGCAGCUACCAAGCAGAACAGUGUGUGAUGCCAUGAACAGUGUGAAGAUUGAAACUGACCUGAUUAAAGAGGAGCUCCCUGAACUUGAAGUGGUCCCCAUUAGACUUUUAUCUGCACUGGCUUCCCUCCCUAUUAAACAGGAGCUCUGUGAGAUCAAGCCAGAGGUGUCUGCUGGGAUUAAAGCUGAAUGCAAUGAAUUGGAGAUCUGCCAGACAGAACCAGUUUCCUUGCAAGAAGCAGUGCUGGAAAUAAUGCAUAUUAAACUGGAGCCCCUCAAAGUGGAGUUUGAACGCUUGGAACCAGGGAGGGAAGAAUUGGAGGAUUUGAAAGUAGCCCCCCCUGCGCUGGGUCCUGUACGCCUGCGGGCGUGUAGUGUGGUGCUGAAGAGAAUCUGCCUGAGAGUGCAGGGCGCUGGAGCGGAAGCCAGCUCUCCCAACAGCAUGCAAGGAUGUGGAAAGGAAGAUGGGGGGAGCUCACAUUCAGAGUGCAGUCCAGCAGGUUCCAGGACAGCAGCUAAAGCAAGGGCGAGCAGUGACUGUGGGAACGGUGUCACCAAGUCAGGGGGUUUUAGAAUACUCCAGCGCACGCGCAGAGGAAAGAAACCGUAUCGCUGCUCUGACUGUGGGAAGAGUUUCAGUCAGUCAGGAAACUUUAAAACACACCAGCGAAUUCACACAGGAGAGAAACCGUAUUCCUGCUUUGACUGUGGGAAGAGUUUCAAUCAGUCAGGAGACCUUAAAAAACACCAGCAAAUUCACACAGGAGAGAAACCAUAUCCCUGCUCUGACUGUGGGAAGAGGUUCAGUCGGUCUGGAAACCUUAAAUCACACCAGCGAAUUCACACAGGAGAGAAACCGUAUCACUGCUAUGACUGUGGAAAGAGGUUCAGUCAUUCAGCAGCCCUUGUAACACACCAUCGAAUUCACACAGGAGAGAAACCGUAUUGCUGUUCUGACUGUGGAAAGAGGUUCAGUCAUUCAGCAGCCCUUGUAACACACCAUCGAAUUCACACAGGAGAGAAGCCGUAUCACUGCUCUGACUGUGGGAAGAAUUUCAGUAAGUCAGGAAACUUUGUUUCACAUCAGCGUAUUCACACUGGAGAGAAACCUCAUCACUGCUCUGACUGUGGGAAGAGUUUCAAUCAGUCAGGAGACCUUAAAACACACCAGCGAAUUCACACCGGAGAGAAACCGUAUCCCUGCUCUGACUGUGGGAAGGGGUUCAGUCACUUGGGAGAUUUUGUAAAACAUCGGCGUGUUCACACAGGAGAGAAACCGUAUCACUGUAGUGAUUGUGGGAAGGGUUUCAGUUCGUCAGGAUACCUUGUUAUACACAAACGUCUUCACACAGGAGAGAAACCGUAUCACUGCUCUGAUUGUGGGAAGGGUUUCAGUCAGCAGGGAAACCUUGAAAGACACCAGCGAACUCACACAGGAGUGAAACCGUAUCACUGCUCUGAUUGUGGGAAGAGUUACAGUAAUUCAAGAGCCCUUGUAAAACACAGGCAAAUUCACACAUGAUAAAGAAUGAAUUGCU